AUGGCCCACCUCGCAGCGCACUUCAAGUCACUUGAAAACGAACUGACGAUGGAUGAAGCUCCCUUUGAAGGGCAUCCAGCGCGAGUGAAACUUCUCAUUCGCUUCAUGGAAGCAUUGGUCUAUUACUACACGAAUGAUGAUAAGCAAACUCCUACUCACAGAAUGAUGAUGAUGGUGACUACCAACUUAGCAAGGCUGCAGCACGAAGCUUCCAAAGUAGCCGAAAGCGCAUCUGAGCGGGAUCUAAGUUUGGCCAAGGCUUACGAAGGAUUUAGCAAGAUUCUCACCUCUGUACAUCACGAUGCAAGUAGUGCGUUGCUCUUUGCCAACUUUUUGUACGACCAGAGGUGUUUGGAUGAGGCAAUUGUCGUCCUGAAGUCGUCCAGGACUGCGCCAUCUUGGUGCUCCUUCAUUGUAUUCAACGAGUACACGGCCCACACCCCCGAUGAUUUUCUAAAAGAGGAAUUUCAAGCUCGCACGGAGGUAGAGUACUGGGUGCCCACUUUCACUCUCUACCUGUUGUUCUCUUGUUACGUCGACAAUGGGCAAAUCGGGAUGGCCCGCGAAUUGCUGCCCGAGCUGUUUGACGAGCGUGAGAGGUCAUCGGAAGCGUUCUCGUACGCCGAUUCGUGUGUCUUGCUGGGGUAUUGUUACUUGAGGCUAGAAGAGCGAGAAGAAGCUUUGAGUCUGUUCAAGGAGGCUGUGGAUGAAAACGCGUCGGACUCGGGAAAGUAC